UAAUCCCGCUCAGGAGACGACCUUCAAAGAUUGCCCAGAUCGUCACUCUCCCCAAGAAAAGCUCUCUCUUCUCUCUCUCUCUCUCUCUCACAUUCUCUUUGCACAGUUGAAAGACACCGUUUUGGAAGAAGAUUCAAAGCGACGUUAUCAUAAAAUGCCAGAAGCAAGAGACCGAAUCGAGAGGCCAGUUGAUUACCCGGCUAUAUUUGCCAGCAGACGCAGUCAUGGUGUGUUACUUGACGAGCCAGAUUCACGGCUUGGUUUAACUGAUUCUCCGGUUCAGGUGAAUCCUGUCCCUGGGUCAAUUGGCCGAGGAGGAUCUUUGGUUGGAACCGGCGGGACCGUGAGAGGCAAUUUCAGCACAUGGAGGCCUGGUAAUGGCAGAGGUCACGCUCCGUUUAGAUUGCCAGAGGAAAGAGAGAAUAUGACUUUGGUGUCUGCUACACGUGGAAGAGAUCGUGCUUCACCUUUGCCUUCUUGGUACCCUAGAACGCCUCUACGUGAUAUCACUCAUAUCAUUCGGGCUAUUGAGAGAAGAAGAGCAGCUGGGAUGGGAGUAGACGAUGGCCGAGAUAUUGAGAUCCCAGCUCAUCAACAAGUUGGUGUUCUUGAAUCUCCAGUACCACUGUCAGGAGAACACAAAUGCUCAAUGGUGACUCCUGGUCCAUCUCUGGGAUUCAAACGAAGUUGCCCACCUUCAACUGCUAAAGUUCAUAAGAUGUUGCUUGACAUCACUAAAGAGAUAGCUGAGGAAGAAGCAGGCUUCAUCACACCCGAGAAGAAGCUACUCAAUUCUAUUGACAAAGUAGAGAAGAUUGUGAUGAAGGAGAUCCAGAAAUUGAAGUGCACUCCUCAAGCAAAAAGGGAAGAGCGGGAGAAAAGGGUACGGACUUUAAUGUCAAUGCGAUGAUCCUUACUUAGGAGGAGAGACCAGACCAGAGAUGUAUCUGCACAGUGAGUACAUCAUCUUCUUAUGAUACCAUAGAGAGACCACAGAUCAUCUUCUUAUGAUGAUAUAUAUAUCUUCACAAGUUGGGUGAUUUCUUAGACUUGGGUAUCAUUUUCUGAUGAUUUUACUAGAAGCGUCAAUCAUCUUGUGAUGAUUUUAUAGGAUAAGAAAAUCAUUGUUCAGAUGAUAGAGUAGUUCAGGAAUCAUCUGCUGAUGAUGAUAUCAUAGGAAAUAUUGUUCUUUUCGAUAGUCCACAUAGUUUUGAGUCAUCACUUGUUGACGAUUUCGGCUUGUAGAAGAAUACUAUCCUUGUAUUACUUUGAAUAAUUGUUGAGUUGUAUAUAGAGUACUGAAUUUUGGUUUUAA